AGAGAUAAAAGGGCGUCUCAAUCCAAUCAAGCCCCCAAUUCCACCAUGCUUUCCCUUUUCUGAAGAAAAUGUGAUUACUGGACCAAAAGUUAGUGAGCAGCCUCUCUAGAGCUAUAAGUACAGCCAUGGAGGGAGAGCUCAGAUUCCCCCCUUCUCUUUAGUCUCUUCCUCUCAUACUAAUCUUGAUAGUUUAUGGGUGGUUGAUGUUCCAUACAACUGUCCAAGCUCAAUACUUCUCUAUCCCUUUCUACUCUCCCACUCCUCUCUAACCACUGUACUAUCCAAGCUACAGUGCACCGUACUAAUACUGACAAGUGACUACCUAUACUGGUGCGGCAUAUAUACCUCGUCUCUCGCCUGCCAUUACUAACCACCAACCGGAGCUACAUUGCUUCGAGAUGAUGGGAAUUCAGAGAAUUUGCGUCGUUCUUGGGAUGCUUUUUAUACUUGUGAGAGAGGGUGGAGCUGUGACAUUCACGUUCGUGAACCGGUGCACGGGGACGGUGUGGCCGGGCAUCCUGUCGAACGCCGGGAGCGCGAGAAUGGACCCGACGGGGUUCGAGCUGCCACCCGGCACGGCGCGCGCGGUGCCGGCGCCGACCGGCUGGUCCGGCAGGCUGUGGGCGCGCACCGGCUGCACGCAGGACGGCACCGGGAAGGUCGUGUGCGCGACGGGCGACUGCGGCUCGGGCACGCUGGAGUGCGCCGGCCGCGGCGCGGCGCCCCCGGCCACGCUGGCCGAGUUCACGCUCGACGGCGGCGGCCGCAACGACUUCUACGACGUCAGCCUCGUGGACGGUUACAACCUGCCGAUGCUUGUGGAGCCCGCGGGCGGCGUCGGCGGCGGCGCCGCCGCGACGGCGACGACGUGCGCUCCCGCCGGGUGCGCGGCCGACCUGAACGCGCGGUGCCCCGCGGAGCUCCGCGCCGUGGGCGGCGCGGCGUGCCGGAGCGCGUGCGACGCCUUCGGCAAGCCCGAGUUCUGCUGCAGCGGCGCGUACGCCAACCCGAACACCUGCCGCCCCACCGCCUACUCCCAGGUCUUCAAGUCGGCGUGCCCGCGGUCGUACAGCUACGCCUACGACGACCCGACGAGCACCUUCACCUGCGCCGGCGGCCGCGACUACACCAUCACCUUCUGCCCCGUCGCCACGCCAAGCCUGAAAUCGGCGGGAGGAACGACGACACCGACACCGACGACGACGGUGCCGGGUGUGACCACCGACGUCCCACCGGAGAUGCCAAGGACGGCAGGCGGCGGCGGCGGCGGCGCCGGGCAGGGCGUGAUGCUGGGCGACAACUCCUGGCUCGCCAGCCUCGCCACGGGCGACGCGUCGUCCUCGCCGGCCUCGAGGCUGGCCCUCCUGGCCGCGCCGCUCGCGCUGCUCACGCUGCAGCUGACGCGGCUAUAGCAGCAGGGGGAUCACGCGAAAACCACCCGGGAAAUUUUUUGGUCAAAAAGGAGCAGGGGAGACGCGCGCGUUGCGUCGUUGCUGCACGUUUGCACGAGCCGUCACCCCCACCACCACUGCACGGUUACCGCCAGAGCAGCGAACGCGAAACGGCGUCCACUUGAGCUGCUUGCCGGUGUCGUGCACUAGGUUGGGGGAUCGGGUGAUAUGAUUUGGCCAAGUUCGCGUCACGCCAUUGUAAAAUCCAUCAGAUUAAUCAUUUUUCUUCUUCUUCUUCUUUGUUUUGGUUUGCGCGUUUGUGUCUCGCAAAAGGAAAUGUACAAGAUUAAUUGUCCCACAGGUUUAAGAGCAAAAUGAUUAUUAAUUAUCCCACAGGUUUAAGAGCAAAAUGAUUAUGCACGCACUCGCACGUCCGGU